AUGGCAGAACGUUUUUCAGCCUCCCCAGCUCUAACUCCAAAAGACCCACUGCUUGUGGAGCCUCCCCUUACCACAGCAGCACAUCCUCCUUGUGUGUCACUGCCUGGGGAGGGCAACCCCUUCUCCUGGCUUCCUUUGCAGAUCAGCUACGAAGCCUCCCUGGAGACGCUGAGCCUGAAGCGGUUGUACCCCUCCUUCCUGCGCACCAUCCCCAGCGAUGGGCAGCAAGUGAAAGCCAUCGCGCUGCUGCUGCAAAGCUUCGAGUGGAGUUGGGUUGCCCUGCUGGGCAGCGACAAUGCAUACGGCAGGGAUGGGUUAGAUGCCCUCUACGAGCUGCUGGUUGCAAGCGGUGUGUGUGUUGCCUACCGAGGCAUCAUCCCCACGAACAAGGACGCCAGCAGCCCGGAGCUCCACAGGCUGGUCAGAAUCCUCACGGACAUCAAGGUCAAUGUCACCGUCGUCUUCUCCAACGUAAACAGCGCCCGGCCCUUCUUUGAGGUGGUGGUGCAGAACAACAUCACGGGCAUGGUGUGGGUGGCCUCUGAAGACUGGUCUUUGGCCCAAAACAUCUGGCAACUGCCUGGCAUCCAAACUAUCGGCUCUGUGAUUGGGAUGUCAGUUGAGCAGGCAGAGUCUACGAUGCUGGAACACCUCGAGUCUUGGAAAUACGCAGAGGAACGUGCUGUGUCUGAAAGUGCUGGCAGCACGGGGGCAGGUGGGGAGAACAGAAGUAGCAGCAGCGAGAGUAGCUGGCCGAACUGCACCCAGCAGUGCCCAGGAUGCCACCUGCUCGCCGCUGCCCCCAACAUAUACGACACUCAGGCCUCUAACAACGUGUACUCAGCCGUGUACGCCGUGGCCCACGGUCUCCACGACCUGCUGGGCUGUGCCUCGGGGGUGUGCAGCAAAGACCGAGUCUAUCCCUGGCAGCUCCUACAGAAAAUCAAGCAGGUAAACUUCAGCCUGCACAACAGCCAGAUCUGUUUUGAUGCCAAUGGGAACAUUUAUAAAGGUUACAACAUCAUUAUGUGGAACUGGAGAGGCCUGAGCUGGGCUUUUGAUGUGGUUGGAACUUUCACUGUGAACCCCAACAGGCUGCUCCUUAACCGCAGCAAAAUCCUGUGGCACACAAAAGAUCACCAGUCUCUUUUCCUCCUCAUGACCAGUAAAAACCUCUGGGCUCACCUGAAUGCGGUCAGCCUGACUUCCCUCUUUGCUUACUUGUGGGCCUGCGGGGCGGACGAGUGGUCCCCGGCGCGCAGCGAGCUGUGCUUCAACCGCACCCUGGAGUUCCUGUCGUGGGCCGAGCCCCUCUCCUGGGCCCUGCUGGCCCCCAUCGCGCUGCUCCUGCUGCUGCUGGCCGCCCUCUCGCUGCUCUUCGCCCUCCACGCCUCCACACCCCUGGUGCGGGCAGCGGGCGGCCGGCUCUGCUUCCUCAUGCUGGGCUCGCUGGGCUGCGCCUGCGGCAGCCUCCUCUGCUACUUCGGUGCUCCCUCGCGGCCCUGCUGCCUGCUGCGCCUCCCCCUCUUCGCCGUGGGCUUCGCCGUCUUCCUCAGCAGCGUGGCCGCCCGCUGCCUGCAGCUCGUCGCCAUCUUCAAGCUGCGCGGCCGCUGCCCGAGGCUCCGCCGGGCCUGCCUGAGGCGCCGCACCCCGCUGCUGCUGGUGGCGGCGGGGGCCGCGGGGCAGGCGGCGCUGUGCCUGGCCGCGCUGCUCUCCGCUCCUCCCGGCCCGCUGCGGCGCCGCGACGUGGCCGCGGAGCUGCUGGUGCUGGAGUGCGGCGGCGGGGGAGCGGCGGAGGCGGCGGCGGAGGCGCUGAACGUGGCGCUGAGCGGCGGCUGCUUCGCGCUGAGCUACGCGGGCAAGGACCUGCCCGCCGCGUACCGCGAGGCGCGCUGCCUGACGUGCGGGCUGCUGCUGCACCUGGCGUGCGCCGCGGCCGCGCUGUGCACGCGGGGCGCGUUCCGCGGCCGGGAGGCGGCGCUGGCGGCCGUGCUGGGCGCGCUGUGCACGCUGGCGCCGCCUCUGGCCGGGUACUUCGUGCCGCGCGGGCUCGCGCUGCUGCUGCGCCCGGAGCAAAACACGGCCGCGCACUUCCGAGGCGCCAUCGGCGGCUACGCGCGGAGAGGCCCCGCCCCCUGAGCCUGGCCACGCCCCCUGAGCAUGACCACGCCCCCUCACCCCUAAGCCCCGCCCCCUCUGAGCCUGGCCACGCCCCCGAGCCCG